AUGAUUUUCCUGACAAAUAUAAAAUACUGCAAAUUGUAGUACUAUAGUUCAUAAUAGUAGGCAUUUGGUACUUGUUUUAAGAAAGAUUGUUUCGUCUCGAAAUUGUAAACUGAAGUUAGAAAACAAAUUUGAAUUCGAAUGCUCUGACUUCAGUUUUCAGAUAUUCUCUAAGCAUUUACUGUAUUUUUAUUUUGAUAAUCACGGAGAUGUUAAGAGCAAGGGGAGGCACAAACGCCGUCGUUCAAGUCCCAAAUCUAUCAACUAACAAUCUUUUGCAGAAGUUUUUCAUCGCAAGCAACCUUUUUGGUCACAUGGACUCUGAGGAUCGGGAAGAAGCAAAGAAAAAAGAUGAAGAGGAUGAUAAAGAUAUUGAGCUAACGUUAGGUCUUUCUCUGAAUGGUCAGUUUGGCACGGAUCCGAGAUCGAGGAAAAGGAAGAACUCUGAACUGGGUCGAUCUUCUUCCAUACCUGAAGGUUUCAUCUUCGACGGACAAAGAUCCGGUGACGUUUACGGCGGAGAUAUGCGGCAGACAGUGGGGCGUGGAGUUUCGGACAUGUUCCAGCUGGAUCGGACACGUUCUCUGCCUGUCAAAACGAAGGCGGAGACUAAGAGGAAGCGAUCGGAGAAGACAAUGGAGCUUAUGGCAUUUAACGCUCCUCCUCCGACAAAGGAAAAUGAAGAGAAAGAUUGUUUUCUUGUCCCUGGUUCGGUCGACGGGAGGGGCAAAAAGGGAAAUACGACGAAUAAGGAGAGCCAGAAAGUUUCUGGAAUGGAGAAGGCGCGGUACGUUUUAGAAGACAUGCCGUGUGUGUGGACGAGGGAUGUCGGAGCGGACGGGGAACGAGUGGAAGGGUUUCUGUACUGGUAUGGAGGGAACACGGAGGAAGUGAAGAUAAUGUGUGUCUGCCACGGCAGCUUUCUUUAUCCGGCAGAGUUCGUUAGGCACGGCAGAGGCACCGUGUCUGACAUCAGCGACAACGGUGGUGGUGAUGUUAUUACUAACCCUCUUAGACAUAUCGUUGUUAAACUACCUUCUUCUUCCUUGUAGUUCAAGCUUCAUACACUAGGGAUUAUCAUUUUCAAUUUUCAACACAAAAUUAAUUGGUCAUGUAUCUAUUUUGAUUAUUUGUAUUCUAAAGUUUGUUUUGUUACUUCAACUGUAUUUAGCUAAACAAUAAAUAAAUAUUUAUUUAGAGAGUCAA